AUGGCUACAACCAUUGGAAUAAUUGUUGAUUCUGUAUGCUUGGCGAUAUGGAAAUUACUAUCUCCUAUUUAUUUGCCAUCACCGAAAAAAGAAGACUGGAUAAAAAUAUCGAACGAUUUUAAUGAAAUAUGGAAUUUUCCAAAUUGUGUUGGUGCAAUUGAUGGUAAACAUAUUUCUAUUAUUUGUCCUCCAGGUGCCGGAUCGGAGUAUUACAAUUAUAAGGGCUAUCAUUCAAUUGUACUACAAGCGGUAGUCAAUGCUCACGCAAAGUUUGUUGUAAUAGACGUUGGUGAUUAUGGUCGAUCUAGUGACAGUGGGAUUUUUAAAGAAUCUUUAUUUGACUUCCUUUUUGUAUUUGUUGGGGACGAAGCUUAUCCACUUUUACCAAACCUAAUGAGGUCAUUCACUCGCAGACAGUUAACAAAUGAAAAACGUAUUUAUAACUAUCGUUUAUCCCGUGCAAGAAGAAUAGUAGAGUGUGCAUUUGGAAUUAUGGUAAAACGAUUUAAUGUAUUGGAAAAUAAGAUGUUAGUUGGCCCCGAGAAAGCUACUAAAAUAACUCGGGCCAUAUGUGUACUUCAUAAUUUAAUUAUGACAAGGGAAGUAAACCUUAUAGAAAUUCAUAAUGAAAUUGAAAAUCAUCAUAAUCAAAUAGAAAUAAGAAACGAAGCAAAUAUUGUUCAUCAUAACAGAUCGUCUAUAGCAGCUAUCGAACAACGUAAUAAGUUUAUGGAUUUUUUCAAUUCAGAAGAUGGUUCAGUUCCUUGGCAAGAUAGAUAUUUAGUUUAA